AUGGACAAGAAUGUCGUGAAGGGCAUGGUGGACUCCCUUGAGGAGGCGCGUGCAACGCGAACCUUGACCGAGAACGAAGAGCGCUUCAUUAGCGAGUACCACCAGGAAGUGAGGGCACAAGCUGCCAGGAAGAAGGGAAGAAGUGCGCCCUCAGAGGCGAAGGAGGACGAGACACUUUCCGAGGACCAGCCGACGAGUCCGAGGACGGAGCCCGACGCGGCUAAGGAGCCCGAGGUGGCCGAAAGGAAGGAGACGGAGUCGGAGGACAGUGCAGCGCCUUCGGUGGCGAAGCGGGAGGCGGAGCAGAGCUCGGAGGGCGAGAAGGCCAAGAAGCUGAAGAAGGAGCGCCGUAGGGCGGAGCGGAGGGCGGAGUCCGAGGAGCGCCGACGCCGGCGGGAGGAAGAAGACCGGGAGCGCAGCAGACGCUUUGAACGGGAGAUGGCGGAGUUGAGUGAGAGCAUCCAGCGCCAGCGAGAGGCGGAAGCGCAACUAUUUGCGGACCGGCUUCGCGAGUGGAGCGACACGCAAGAUCGCUGGUGGCGCGAGGCGCAGGAGGAGAGGGCGCGCCGUCGCCGUGAUGAGGAGGAGGGGGAGGACCGUCGCAACCGAGGGCGCCGGGACCGGCGAGAGGACAGGAGCGAUGAUCGCUGGGAUGAUGGGCGUUAUCGCCGAGACGACAGGCGCGAUGAUCGCCGGGGUGAUGGGCGUGAUCGCCGAGACGACAGGCGCGGCCAUCGCGACCUUGGGCCUGGGCAGUGGCGCCGCUCUGGCGAUGAUGACACGGACGACUCGUGGUAUGGUGGCAGAGGGCGCUCUGGAGGAGCGAGCAGCAGCAGCGACCCCCGUGGCGGGAAGGGCGCCCGUGGUGGCGGCAAAGGAGGAGCGCGCCGGCCGCGAUACGAAAGCUACGUAGGGCGCGAACACGAAGCUCCGGAUGGAACUCCGUUGGAUCGCCGCCGAGGGGGCGCCGUCACGAAGGUCGCCGUGCUGCUGGGCGCGUUUGAACGCGAUGGCUUGAGCGCAGACUUGCUCGACAUGGCAGAGCGCUUCCAAGACGCUUUAAGUGCGCGCACGACGCGGAUUGAGGAUGGGUCGUGGGCAGACAAGCUGCGGCGCUUAGUUAUAGCGAUCGAGAACCAGGACGAGGACAUGGUUCAGGAGCUGCUUUACGACUACACCCACAGGUGCAGUUUCCUGCAGAGCGCCCUGGCCAACAAGAAGUGGGAGGAUUGGCGGCGGCGGGGCUACGAGGAUCAGGGCGUUUACCGCCAAAAGGGCGCCAGUCGCCGGAUAGUGGGCGCAUGUCGCCUGGUACAGCUUCCAGCAGCGCACACUUGCGGCCUGGGUUUACGGGCUUUAUAUAUAUAG